ACUGUAGAAGCGUAUGCAUGAAAAAAACAAGCAUAAGUAACAUCAUCGUCUUCAUCAACAGCAAUUUUUGAUUUUCUCAUCUUCCCUGUUGAUUUCCACCUACUACCAUACCCACCCUACUCAAUCUCUUCUCCUCACUGCUCUUCUCUCUCACCUUUUCUCCUAUCCUAUGCUUCUCCUGGAAUUCAUGUCUUCUUUUGCUAAAAUUCCUCACCAACCAUUCACCCUAACAUGAUAUACAACCACAAACUGUAGCUUCCAAUGCCCGGCUCUUAAUCAGAUUGAAAUUGUAAAGAGCAAAUCCUAUUUCGAGUCAUGGAUUCUUUCAGAACAUCAUCUGGUUUCCGUUUUAACCCGAAUUCGAAUACCAUAGAUGAUGCUGACCGAGAUUCCGAGUUCUCGGGCAUUCUUGAGAUCUAUGUUCACCAUGCUAGGAAUAUUCAUAACAUAUGUAUCUAUGACAACCAAGAUGUUUAUGCCAAGUUCUCGCUCACCUAUAACCCUGAUGAUACCCACUCUACUAGAAUCAUCAAUGGAGGUGGAAAGAAUCCUGAAUUCAAUGAGAACUUGAUGAUGAAAGUCACUCAGAUAGAUGCUGUCCUCAAAUGUGAGAUUUGGAUGCUUAGUAGGGCCAGAAACUACAUGGAAGACCAGCUUUUGGGCUUUGCUUUGGUUCCAAUUUCACAAGUUAUUGGCAAAGGAAAAAUCACUCAAGAUUAUAGCCUCUCUUCCACUGAUCUUUUCCAUUCUCCUGCCGGAACCGUCAAAUUGAGUGUAUCUUUGAACACUUCAAUGGCUCUCAAUCCUCAGACCAGUCCCUUCCCUGAAACCACAAAAACCAAUUCUUCGAUAUCAGCAGAAGUGGUAUUGCUUGACCGGAAAAUCUCCGAAUCCCAAGUUAUUCUAGACCCAGUUGAGUAUUCCAGGAUAGAAUUUCCUGAUAUCAAUGUUGUUAGGGAGAAUCAACAAAUGAUUUCGGAGUACUUCGACGGUUUGAAUCCGAGGCCAGGAAUUGCUUCCUUCCUUCAACUGGGUGCCUCUCAUCAGCAUCUUCAAGAUUACGAAAUGACAGCAAACUCAUCGGAAGAAACCCAUGGAGGAUCCGUUUCUCCCAAUGGGAGCCUUCAGAAUUCUGGGUUUUUGAGUUCUACAACUACAAGCCUAAGCGAUGAUCGCAACUCGGCUGACUCUACCGAGAAGAAGAGUCGUGUGGGUGGGGAGCCAUCGAAUACAUCGGUCACCACCGAGACUAAUCCAAGCCAAGGCGGUUGUCCUGAUACCCCAACUUCAAAGAAAGGCAGCGAAGCUCGAGAGGAGAAAGAGUUGAAAUAUUCGAGCAAACAAGUGUUUUCAGCUCCAUUGGGGAACAUGAAUUUGGAGGCAGAACAGUCGGCAAUGCAACAACAAAUAGUAGACAUGUACAUGAGGAGCAUGCAACAGUUUACAGAGUCAUUGGCUAAGAUGAAACUCCCAAUGGAUCUUGACAAACCCGAACAUGAAGAUCGUGGUGAUCUGAUUCAAAACAAUAGCAAGAAAAUAGAACACGAGAAAAAAAAGGAUGGGUCCAGGGUUUUUUAUGGUAGCCGGGCUUUCUUUUGAAGUUCGUGGUGAAGCAGGGUAUGGCUGCAAAUGUUAUCAGAAAUUGAGAGGGAGUUGACAAGUAGUGCUUUUGACAUUGAUUUUACUACUCUUUUGUCUUAACAACAACAGCUUUCGCCUUGUUUUCUCUGCAACUCAGUUGUUAAAAUCCUCUAUAUUGACUUAAAUGUUGAGAUUGUAAUUUAUAAUUUGUAACAUCCCCAUCUUUUAAUAACUCAGCCGUUUAUCCUUGUGUUUUCAA